CUCCUUUACGGACACUGCUCGCCUUCUUCUCCCUCCAGCACUCUCUCUUACCAUCUGUCAUCAGACUCUCUGAAAUCUCAUCAAUUGACUCUCUCUCUCUCUCAAAUUUCUCGCUCUAAAAUCAUGUCCUCGGCCACCCUCCUCAAUGUUGACGAAGAGUCUCUAACCGGCCCUCUCCUGACUCGUCCUCUCCGUCGAUCAGCCUCCAACGCCACCUCUCAGGUCGCCAUCGUCGGCACCAACGUCUGCCCAAUCGAAAGCCUCGAUUACGAAAUUAUAGAGAACGAUUUCUUCACGCAAGAUUGGCGGAGUCGCGGCAAGAUCCAUAUAUUUGAGUACAUAUUCAUGAAAUGGAUGCUGUGUUUCCUCAUCGGGACAACGGUGAGCCUCGUCGGAUUCUGCAACAACCUUGCCGUCGAGAACAUCGCCGGCAUGAAGUUUGUGGUCACCUCCAAUAUGAUGUUGGAAAGCAAGUAUUUGGCGGCAUUUAUUGUUUUUGCAGCCUCCAAUUUCGUUCUGACCUUGUUUGCAAGUAUGAUUACGGCUUUUAUAUCACCCGAGGCUGCUGGUUCAGGCAUACCAGAAGUAAAGGCCUACUUGAAUGGUGUGGACGCACCGGGUACCUUUUCUCUGCGAACACUGGUUGUUAAGAUUGUGGGUAGCAUUUCUGCUGUGUCAGCAUCUCUUCAUGUUGGAAAGGCAGGACCCAUGGUGCAUACUGGUGCAUGCAUUGCAGCAGUGUUGGGUCAGGGUGGGUCAAAGAAAUAUGGGUUGACAUGGAGAUGGUUGCGUAUUUUCAAGAAUGAUCGAGACCGACGUGAUCUAGUGACAUGUGGUUCAGCUGCUGGAAUUGCAGCUGCUUUUCGUGCGCCUGUUGGUGGUGUGUUGUUUGCUCUUGAAGAAAUGGCAUCCUGGUGGAGAAGUGCCCUUUUAUGGAGGGCUUUCUUCACAGCAGCUGUUGUUGCAAUCGUGCUUCGAGCUUUGAUUGAUGUUUGUUUGAGUGGCAAAUGUGGGCUCUUUGGUACUGGGGGUCUGAUAAUGUUUGAUGUCACCUCAGCAAAUAUUACAUAUCACCUCCGGGACGUGCCUCCUGUUCUUCUUCUUGGAGUUAUAGGAGGCAUAUUGGGAAGCAUAUACAAUUUUCUUUUACAAAAAGUUCUCCGAGUUUACAAUAUAAUUAAUGAGAAAGGCACUGCUUACAAAAUACUUCUUGCUUGCUCAAUCUCCAUUUUCACAUCCUGUCUUCUAUUUGGAUUACCAUGGCUUGCAUCUUGCCAACCUUGUCCACUUGAUGCAUCAGAAGCUUGUCCAACAAUUGGCCGGUCUGGUAACUACAAGAAGUUUCAAUGUCCUCCUAAUCAUUACAAUGAUCUUGCCAGUCUCAUUUUCAACACAAAUGAUGACGCAAUAAGAAACCUAUUCAGCAAGAAUACUGACUCUGAGUUUCAGAACUCCUCGAUGCUCAUAUUCUUUGCCACCUGUUUUUUUCUCAGUAUCUUAAGUUAUGGGAUUGUGGCUCCCGCAGGUCUCUUUGUGCCUGUUAUCGUGACAGGUGCGUCUUAUGGACGUUUUGUUGGAAUGGUAAUAGGUUCAGAGUCAAACCUUAACCAUGGCCUCUUUGCUGUCCUGGGUUCCGCUUCACUUCUUGGUGGAUCUAUGAGGAUGACAGUUUCCUUGUGUGUUAUUAUCCUAGAAUUGACCAAUAAUCUAUUAUUGCUACCCCUAAUAAUGCUGGUUCUUCUUGUUUCGAAGACAGUGGCUGACAUGUUUAAUGGAAAUAUUUAUGAUCUUAUAAUGAAAUUGAAGGGUUUUCCUUACCUAGAAACUCAUGCUGAGCCAUACAUGAGGCAGCUGACGGUUGGUGACGUAGUCACGGGCCCACUUCAGAUCUUUCAUGGUGUCGAGAAAGUUAGAAAUAUACUGCAUGUUCUCAAAACUUCAAGGCAUAAUGGGUUUCCUGUGAUAGAUGAGCCUCUGCUUCCUGUGAUAGACGAGCCUCAGCUUUCUGAGUCCCCGGUUUUGUUUGGUCUGAUCCUGCGUGCUCAUCUUAUCACAUUGCUAAAGAAGAAAGCUUUCUUAGUCACUCCAGGUCCUGCAGGCAUUGAUGCCUUUAAGCAGUUCUCUGCAGAUGAUUUUGCAAAGAAGGGUUUGGGCAAUGAAGACAAAAUAGAAGAUAUAGAAUUGACUGAGGAGGAGAUGGAGAUGUUCAUAGAUUUACAUCCAUUUACCAACACGUCGCCCUACACAGUUGUGGAGACAAUGUCUCUAGCAAAGGCUCUUAUACUUUUCCGAGAAGUUGGUUUACGGCACCUGCUGGUCAUGCCCAAGAUUUCUAAUAGAUCUCCAGUGGUGGGUAUAUUAACAAGGCAUGAUUUCAUGCCAGAACAUAUAUUGGGUUUGCACCCUCUGUUGGUGAGGAGCAGGUGGAAAAGAUUAAGAUUCCGGUUUCCUAGUUGGAGAAAAUUAUUUUAGGCAUCUCAACUAAUCUUUAGAAUUGCUUCUGAAAAUAAAUUUGUAAAUAGUUCCCAUUGAGCUGCCAAGGUAACAAGAUCAUUAUAGGAUUUUUGUUAUACUUUUCCAAUUUCCUCAAGAUCAUUAUAGAAUUACUGAAUUUAUCAACGACCUCAAUUCGGAGUAUUUACCUUGAAAGCUGUUCGUUGAGAGCACUGAAAAGUAGUGAAGUUGGCUUGUUUCGGUGUUGAACUUCUAUUUCUCAUUUGUUGGAAUCAAUAAACUAGUAUUGUGAAGUAUAAAAACUGUGUCAUAUUGAUUGACAGUAGUCACGAUUGAGAACUGUGUCGCAGUUUUUAUUGUUCUAGAUUAUGCAAUUUAGAGUGUUAAAAUUUUAUCUUCUUUUCCCUUUAAAA